AUGAACUCUACACAAAGCAAUGUCAUAUUUGAUCAGAUUUCCUGCCCUAUGGGUGAGAAUUCCGAUAAUCAAAUCGCAGCCUGUUUCUUUUCCGCUACGAAAGCCGACCUUGAGACAGGACUAAAACUGUCACAAUCAUACCGAACCAUGCUAUACGCCGGCACCAAUUUCGCACGGCUUUUGAACAUUCCACUUUCCAGCGAUCAAAAGGCUACUAGGCUUGAUCUUCUUUUUGGUUCACCUGGCCCGAAGGUCGUCCAGAGUGAAAAUGUCAGCGGGUCUUCCAUCCGUUGGGUUGAUGUUGUACAAUCUCUCGUGUAUGACCCAGUCCUACAAGAUAAUGGAGAAUAUCAUGUACGCAUCGAGAAAAACAACGCGAUAGUAGAAUUAUCAAAGACCAAUUACGACUUCAUCAGAACAACGAUUCCUCGACAGCUUGUUGAUCCGCAUUCAUAUCCAGGCGACCUGCUUCUGGAAGUCAAUGCUGUGCAGCUCACAUUUGAGCAAAUAUCACAGUGGAAUAACCUAAGUGCGCAAUCUAAAGGUGGUCAUCGUCUCUCCUGGUCUCACAAAGAGGGCCAAAGAUUACUCGCGUGGUACAAGGAAAAUCGACACCUAUCAAACGAUAGCAUCGAAAAAGAAUAUUACAGGUUUUCUGGAAAUGACAGGAGUUACGCCUCGUUACAGUCUCAGCUCUACAAGUUAGGCUUUGGCAAGUUGACCAAUAAAAAAGAAGGGGCUUCUUCAAAAUGCAAAGGCUCGGAGGGAUGUCCGGCAGCAAGACCGGAUCACUUAGCUAGUGAUAUUUCUUUGAAAUCCGUUGACGCUGCAGAAGUGACGUUGGCGAUGAAGACGAUUUCUGAGUCAACCCCAGGACAAGCCACGUGCAUUGUGUCCGCAGAGAAAGGGGAAGGGUUCUCUACUAACACUGCAAAAUGCUCUCAGACACUUGGCGUUGCUGCUGAUGACAACGAGUGGCUGAACAGAGGAUUGGAGAGUGUUGAUGGAAGACAUACGGAUUCAAAAGAUGGUAAUGCGAACCAGGCGGAGGGAAUGAGUUUGAUGGUUUCUCCACAGGCACAAACAUCGAUUGUGUGCUCGCAGAAUGUCGAACGGCAGUCGAUCAAUUUGAGUUUUGGUUCGGCUGAAUAUCAGGAAAAUAAGAAUCUCUCAGGAGCAACAUCGGCCUUCUCCGCAGGUUCCCAGGCUUGCCCAGCCGCAAAGAGAAAUUCUGUGGCUGGACAGUACAACUUUGCGUGGAGUGUCAUCGGCCAGGCCGGGCAAACGAAUGAAAAAGACUCUGUUCCUGCCGUUUCGUUGAACGGCGAACGUCGUGAAGAACCAAACGACCAAGGCACGACGAUCGCGCCGGGACCUGAACCCGUGAAUAAUAGCGGCAGCAAGCGCAACCCUGAAUCGACACAGAAGCGGCAGGGUGUCUUGGGACGAAAAAGAGGAGCCGGGUGUAUCACAUGCGGUCGACAGCGGAAGACCUGCGAUGGAACUAGGCCAUCAUGUCAAAAUUGCACCGAAGCUGGUUUGGAUCGUAGUGGUCAUAAAGAAGUAUCUCAGGGUGGCCGUGGCAAUAGGAUGGCAAGCCGUUUACCCAAAGAUGGUGACUCUCGGUUCCACCCAUAUCCAUCGAAUGACCACAGGCACUUGAGUGGAUCAGCUGGAAAUUCGUCAUCGGCUCAUCUAUCCUCGGUCGAAGGAUACGCUCAGACAUCAGAUAUGGACAUGUCCGCAUGCGGGGCAGGCGCACACCACCUUCCUACACAGGCCCCGACAGCAGUCCAGUCAACUCCUCGAUAUCAAAAUAUCCUGUCCAUCCAGCAUCUGCUUCUGGAUCCGGAUGCUGGGACAGAUGUAGGGGAAUCCUUGACCUGA